AUGGCGGCGACCGCACAAGCCAAUCUUCCUCCAUGCUUCCUUAUGCUCGCCGCCUGGCCUCUCAGGCCCAUCCUAAACCAGCCUCUCGUCCAGGUCCGACCCUCGCCGGCACCUACGUCGAGGGCUUCCACGGCACGAUUCCAAAUAUCGGCGGCGAUGAAGGGAGAGUCCAGGUCCUCGAUUAUCGAGAAGGAACAGGGGUUUUAUGAGAAAGCUCCGGUGGUCAACGUCGAUGGGCAACUCAUCGAUCGGUGGCGUGAGAUCCACGGUUCCGGUGACUGGGUCGGCCUGCUCGACCUAGUGGAUCCUCUCCUGCGAUCGGAGCUGAUCUGCUACAGAGAGUUCGUCCAGAACGACUCCUUCUACUACGAUCCCUACUCCCGUUUCUGCGGCAACUGCAGGUACACCCAGCCAAGCUUCUUCGCCAACCUCGGCAUGGCCGACCACGGCUACUCCGUGACGCGCUACCUCUACGCGACCUCCAACAUCGAGCUCCCCAAUUUCUUCCGCUCCUCGAAGCUCCACCAAAGGACCUGGAGCCAGAAGGCCAACUGGAUCGGCUACAUCGCGGUGUCCGGCGACGAGGCCACGGCAUGGCUCGACCGACGCGACAUCAUCAUGGUGUGGCGGGGAACGGUGACGGUGUUUGAGUGGAUCGAGGACCUGAAGACCUCCCAACAGCCGGUGAAGGCGAGAGGGAUCCCCUGUCCGGACGAGUCCGUCAAGGUGGAGUCAGGCUUCGCCGAUCUGUACGUGAACAAGGACACGACGUGCCGGUUCUGCAAGUACUCGGCCCAGGAGCAGGUGCUGUCGGAGGUGCGAAAACUGGUUGAACUUUACGCCGGCGAGAAAGGCGAAGAGGUGAGCGUGUCGGUGAUGGGUCACAGCUUGGGGAGCGCGCUGGCGGUCCUGAACGCGUACGACAUCGCGGAGAUGGGGUUAACGAAGGUGGGGGAGAAGGCGGUGGUCCCGCUGACGGUCUUCUCAUUCGCCGGGCCGAGGGUGGGAAACGCUCGGUUCAAGGAGCGGUUCGACAAGGAGCUGGGGAUCAAGGCGAUCCGGGUGGUCAACGUGCACGACUUGGUGCCCAAGGUGACGGGGCUAGUGUUCAACGAGCAGGUGUCGGCGCUCUUGUGGCGGAUUCUGGAGAAGAUGCCGUGAAGCUACAGCCACGUGGGGGUGGAACUGGAACUCGACCACAAACUCUCGCCCUUCCUCAAGAACACCAGCGACAUCU